AUGGAGCCAUUUGCCAUAGCAACACACAGAAAUCUCAGUGUGCUUCACCCCAUUUAUAAACUACUCCAUCCUCACUACCAUGACACCAUAAAUAUCAAUUCACUUGCUAGGAAAUCCCUUAUUAAUGCAGGUAGCAUCAUAGAGCAAACGUUUUUGCCUGGACGUUAUUCUAUGGAGAUAUCUUCUGCUGCAUAUAAGAAAUGGCUUUUCACUGACCAAGCAUUACCAAAUGAUCUCAUCAAAAGAGGAUUGGCAGUUAAGGAUGACGGUUCCCCUCAUGGUCUUCGCCUUCUGAUAAAGGACUACCCUUAUGCUGUCGAUGGACUGGAAAUAUGGGAUGCUAUUAAGACAUGGGUCCAAAACUAUAUCUUCUUGUAUUACUCAACAGAUGUGGCAGUUAAACAAGAUUUUGAAUUGCAAGAAUGGUGGAAGGAAGUUGUGGAGAAGGGUCACCCUGACUUAAGAGAUGCAAAAUGGCCAAAAAUGCAAACUCGUGAAGAUCUGAUUGACACUUGCACCAUUAUUAUAUGGAUUGCUUCAGCUCUCCACGCUGCUGUUAAUUUUGGACAGUAUCCUUAUGGAGGUUAUAUCCUGAACCGUCCAACACAAAGCAGAAGAUGGAUUCCAGAACCAGGAACUGAAGAGUAUGAUGAGAUGGCCAAGAAUCCUCAAGAAGCCUUUUUGAGAACAAUUACACCAAAGUACCAGACCACUAUUGAUCUUACAGUGAUGGAGGUACUGUCAAGUCAUAGUUCUGAUGAGGUGUACCUUGGACAAAGGGACAGUCUAGAUUGGAUCAGUGAUGAAAAAGCAAAAGUUGAGUUUAACAAAUUUACAAAAUCCCUAGCAAAAAUUGAGGAAGACAUCUUGGACAGGAACAUCAAGGAAGAACUAAAAAACCGAACUGGACCAGUCAAAUUGCCCUACACUCUUCUUCUUCCUACCAGUAAACCAGGGAUAACUUUUAGAGGAAUCCCUAACAGUAUCUCUAUCUAA